AUGGCAAGCAUUUCUCAUGGGGGGCAUCGCAUCUUCUCCCGUUCGGCUCCUUCUCACGCGACUGUCGUUUCUUCUCCUUCACCGACGGCCGGCGGCCACCUCCACUCAAUCACCGCCGCCGGCCGGACACCAUCUCCUUCCUUCUUCUAUUCACACCGCAGCCAAGGAAUUUUGCCUCUACCGCUCAGUCUUCUCUCUGUUCGCGACGUCCUCUGUGUUCGCGGCAUUUCUUCCUCGCGCGGGCUAGGGUUCGCGAUAGAUUCAACAGGCGACUUCAUUCCUCCAAGUUCUGAGUUCGAGCAGCAACAUCUUCUCCAGAUUUGGUCAGCACAGCAGACUUCAAUUCCAGCACUACUUCCUUCAUCCGGACCAGAUUUGGCCAGUCACAGCUCCACCUUUUCUUCCACAGCAGUCUUCAAGUUCGAUCAGCAAUUCUUCAACAGAUCUGGACAGCUUUUAUUUGCACGUACUCAUGUCAUUUCGAUUUAUGCUCAUAAGGUGUUCGACAAAAUGUUUCUUCCAACAGUUCAUAAGCAGGGUGUUGCACUUGGAAGAUCUGUUGACUUGACAAAGUUUGAUGGUUAUGACCAAUUGAUCGAGGAGUUAGAUCAGCUAUUUGAAUUCAAAGGAGAAUUGAUGGCUCCAAAUAAAAAUUAGAUGAUUGUAUUUACUGAUAAUGAGGAUGAUAUGAUGCUUGUUGGAGAUGACCCUUGGCAGGAAUUUUGUGCUAUGGUCCGUCAGAUUUUUAUAUACCCAAAAGAGGAGGUCCAGAAGAUGGAUUCAAGUACCUUGAACCCAAAAAAUGAAAAAUGUCAAGGAAACAAAAGGCAGUCAAUCUGCAUCAUCAUCUAAUUCAAAAAACUCAUAGGCUUAUCCUGCAAUGUCUAGUGAAAAUACUGAAGAAGUAUGACAAGAGAACAGGAGCACUUAUCAGACAGCCCUUCAUCGAAAAGGUGCUGCAGUAGCCAUUCUUUACAACUGAUCUCCUAUAUAUACAAACUCGUGAAGGAGUGUGUGGCUAUGCUCGACCACCUCUUCCCGAGCAACAACCUGUCAAUUUCAGCAGAAUGCGACGGACAAAAUGGAGUGCCAAAGCCGACACAAUCAGGUGGGAGGGUUCCGGAGUUGGAGGAGAUUAAAUAUAUGCAGAGCUUAUACAUGAAGAGCACCGUAGAAGCGCUGCGGUCCUUGAAACAUAUUAGGAGCAAAAGUUCAACAGUCAAAAUAGAUUAGAAAAUCUCGUGUUAUAUUGUUCUACCUUUGUUUUAAUAGUGUUAUCAUUUUGUUGGUUGCUUAUGAAAUUUUGUUGGUUGCUUAUGAAAUUUCUUCAGAAUGUUAUA